AUGGACUCCGACACGGACGCCUACGACGUCUACGACGGCGCCUCUGACGCCUUUGAGCCCUCCUCGCCCCCCAAGAAGAAGACGACAAAGGCAGCCACGACAAAGGCCAAGGCGGGCUCGGCGGCGACGGCGGCUGCAAAGCCAAAGAAGAAGCCGCUGGCCAAGCGCGACAGCAAUGGCGGCGUCUCGGAUCCCGAUGCCAGCAUGGUCGUCAGCGACGCCGAGGCAUCGUUCCAGGCCCCCCCGCCAAAGAAGGCCGCCAAUGGGAAGAGCGCCUCCGACACCUAUCAGAAGCUCUCCCAGCUCGAGCAUGUCCUCAAACGCCCAGACACUUACAUCGGGAGCGUAGAGAAGCACACGGAGCCGCUGUGGGUCUAUGACGCGGAAAAGAAGCAGAUGGAGUACAGGGAGACGACGUACGUGCCUGGCUUCUACAAGAUCUUUGACGAGAUCCUGGUCAACGCCGCAGACAACAAGGUGCGCGACCCGUCGAUGGACACGCUCAAGGUCGACAUCGACCGCGCGGCAGGCACCAUCUCGGUGUGGAACAACGGCGCGGGCAUCCCGAUCGAGAUGCACUCCAAGGAGAAGAUCUACAUCCCCGAGCUCAUCUUUGGCAACUUGCUGACGUCGUCCAAUUACGACGACGACGAGGCCAAGGUAACCGGAGGACGCAACGGCUACGGCGCCAAGCUGGCCAACAUCUACUCGACCGAGUUCACUGUCGAGACGGCCGACCGCAAGUCGGAGCAGAAGUACAAACAGACCUUCUCGGACAACAUGCACACCAAGGGCAAGCCCAAGAUCCUCAAAAACUCGCGCAAGGAGGAGUACACGUGCAUCACCUUCAAGCCCGACCUGAAGCGUUUCGGCAUGGACUCGAUGGACGGCGACAUCGAGGCGCUGAUGAUGAAGCGGGUCUACGACAUGGCCGGCACCGUCCAGGGCAUCAAGGUCGUCCUCAACGGCGAGCGUCUCAAGGUCAAGAACUUCAAGCAGUACGUCGAGAUGUAUGUCUCGGCGAUCAACGAGCUGAGCGAUGGCCCCAAGGGCGAGGCCGACGGCGACGCCGCGGGCGGCGCGGCGGCCAAGUCCAAGCAGACGAUCAUCUACGAGGCCGUCACCGACAAGGGCAGGACGUGGGAAGUCGCCUUCGCCGUGUCCGACGGCCAAUUCCGCCAGGUGUCGUUCGUCAACAACAUCGCCACCAUCAAGGGAGGCAAGCAUGUCGACCACGUCGCCGACCAGGUCGUCAACCGCCUCAUCGACCACGUCAAGAAGGACAAGAAGAACGGGCCGGUCAAGCCGCACCAGGUCCGACAGCAGCUCUGGGUGUUUGUCAAUUGCCAGAUUGUCAACCCCACCUUCGACGGCCAGACCAAGGAGACGCUGACGCUCAAGCAGAGCGCGUUUGGCAGCAAGUGGACGCUCACUGACGAGUUCGCAAAGAAGGUCAUCAAGUCGGGCGUGGUCGACAACAUCCUGUCGUUUGCCAAGUUCAAGCAGGAGCAGGCGAUGAAGAAGACCGACGGCCACAAGCGCACCCGGAUCACGGGCAUCGCCAAGCUCGAGGACGCCAACAACGCCGGCACGCGCAAGGGCCACGAGUGCACCCUGAUCCUCACCGAGGGAGACUCGGCCAAGGCGCUCGCCAUCCAGGGCCUCUCCGAGAUCGGCCGUGACAACUUUGGCGUCUUCCCGCUCCGAGGAAAGAUGCUCAACGUCCGCGACGCCGGCCACGAGCAGAUCAUGAAGAACGCCGAGAUCAAGGCGAUCAAGGAGAUCCUCGGCCUCCAGCACGGCAAGCAGUACAUGGACAUCACCAGCCUCCGCUACGGCAGCAUCAUGAUCAUGGCCGACCAGGACCACGACGGCUCCCACAUCAAGGGCCUGCUGAUCAACUUCCUCGACUACUUCUACCCGUCGCUGCUGCGCCUGCCCAACUUCCUCGUCGAGUUCAUCACGCCCAUCAUCCGCGUGACGCACAAGAAGAACGCCAAGCGCACCCUCUCGUUCUUCACGCUGCCCGAGUACUAUCGCUGGAAGGAGGAGAACAACCGCGGUGCAGGCUGGCAGAUCAAGUACUUCAAGGGUCUCGGCACCUCGACCUCGGCCGACGCCAAGACCUACUUCAACAACAUGGCCAAGCACCGCAUCCCCUUUGACACCACCAAGCCGGGCGACCGCGAGCUGAUCGACCUCGCCUUCAACAAGAAGAAGGCCGACGACCGCAAGGAGUGGCUCCGCCAGUUCCGUCCGGGCACUUACCUCGACUACAACAUCGAGAAGCUGCCGAUCGCCGACUUUGUCAACAAGGAGCUCAUCCUCUUCUCGAUGGCCGACAACAUCCGCUCGAUCCCCUCGAUGGUUGACGGCUUCAAGCCGGGCCAGCGCAAGAUCCUCUACGCCUGCUACAGGCGCAACCUCAGGCAGGAGAUCAAGGUGCAGCAGCUCGGCGGUUACGUCUCCGAGCACACCGCCUACCACCACGGCGAGCAGAGCCUGUACAUGACCAUCACCGGCCUGGCCCAGGACUUUGUCGGCAGCAACAACGUCAACCUGCUCAUGCCCAACGGACAGUUCGGUACGCGCGCGGCGGGCGGCAAGGAUGCUGCCUCGGCCCGUUACAUUUAUACCAACGUGCCGAGCAUCACCCGCGCCCUCUACCACCCGUCCGACGAGAAGCUGCUCAACUACCUCGACGAAGACGGCCAGUCGAUCGAGCCCGAGUGGUACGUGCCCGUCGUGCCCCAGGUCCUCCUCAACGGCUCCGAGGGCAUCGGCACCGGCUGGAGCUCCUCGGUGCCCAACUACAACCCCUCGGACGUGAUCGCCAACCUGCGCAGGCGCAUGGCCGGCGAGGAGAUGGUGCCCAUGAAGCCAUGGUUCCGCGGCUUCACCGGCGAGAUCGAGCAGGUGCAGCCGGACAAGUUCAAGGUCAGCGGCAUCGUCACACAGAUCGACGAAAAGACCUACGAGAUCACCGAGCUGCCCAUCCGCGUCUGGACCGACUCGUACAAGGCCAGCCUCGAGGAGCGCGUCGCCGGCACCGACAAGAUCCCCGCCACAGUGCGCGAGUACCGCGAGUACCACACCGAGCGCUCGGUCCACUUUGUCGUCGAGCUCAACGCCAAGGGCCAGCAGGAGAUAGCCGAAAAGGGCGUCGAGGCCUUCUUCAAGCUGUCCAACACCAUCUCGACGGCCAACAUGGUCCUCUUUGACAGCGACGGCAAGAUCAAGAAGUACGCCUCGCCCGAAGAGAUCCUCGAGGACUUCUACAUGAUCCGGCUGAGCUACUACCAGAAGCGCAAGGACCACCUCAUCGACACGCUCAAGGCCCAGUACGACCGCCUGUCGAACCAGGCGCGCUUUAUCCAGAUGAUCAUCUCGCGCGAACUGAUCGUCUCGAACCGCAAAAAGGCCGACAUCGUCGUCGACCUGCGCAAGAAGGAGUUCAAGCCCAUCCCCAAGGUCGUCAAGCCCAAGGUGGCCGCCGAGGCCGACCAGGGCGACGAGGCGGAGCAGACCGAGGAGGAGGUCGGUCCGGAUUCGGACUUUGACUACCUGCUCUCGAUGCAGAUCUACAACCUCACCAAGGAGAAGGUCGACAAGCUGCUGCAGGAGCGCGACGUCAAGGAGGACGAGAUCAAGGUCCUCCUCGGCAGGACGCCCCAGAACCUGUGGGACGAGGAUCUGCACGCCUUUGAGGAGGAGUGGGAGAAGGUGCUCGCCGAGGACGAGACCCGCCACGCCAAGAAGACGUCGAUGCACUCGGGCAAGAAGGGCAAGGCCGCCGCCGCCGCCAAGACCAAGAAGGGCGCCAAGAGCGGGGCGGCGGCGCGCAAGGUCCUGAAGGACUCGGACGACGACGACGACGGCCUGCUCAUCGACGACGGCGACGACAGCGAGGACGACUUCAAGCCGUCGACUGCGGCGGCGCGCAAGAAGGCGGCCACCGCCGCGUCCGCCAAGCCCAGGUCGAAGCCCAGCCCCAAGAAGAGGACGGCAGCCUCGGCCACCCUCGAUGACGACGACCUUGCCGCCAUCGGAGCCGCGCCCUCGACGACGUCGACGACGGUCAAGUCGAAGCCCAAGUCCGAGAGCCCGCCGCCGGCCAAGAAGAGCAAGAGCGCCACGCCGCUAUCGCUCGUCAGCGACGACGAUGGCAGCGACGGCGACGACACCAAGCUUGCCCCGCUGUUCCGCAAGCCCUCGACGCUCGCCAAGAACGCCAAGGCGGCCAAGACAUCCGGGUCCGCGUCGAGGUCCGCCUCGACGUCUUCGACGGCGGCGGCCGCCGCGACCAAGGCCAAGGCCAAGGCACAGACCUACUCGCUGAGCGACAGCGACGACGACGAGCUGAUGCUGCCCGCGCCCAAGAGCAAGGCCGCCUCCGCCAAGAGGGUCGUCGGAGCCGCGGGCGCCAAGAAGGGCAAGGCCGCCACCACCGCCGCAUCGAAGAAGAAGGCCGCCAAGGACUUGUCAGACGACGACGACGACGUCUCAAUGUCGCAGGACGUCGACGACAGCGUCGCCUCGCUGCCCAGGCGCACCGGCCGCGCUCGCGCCACGGCCCGCAAGGCGUCGUACAAGCUCGACUCGGACGACGACGACGACGAAGACGCCUACUGA